GUCGAAGCUGAUGACGACCUCUUCUUAAAAAACGUCACCAACUUACAUAUUACCAGACGGCUUUCUAUGUUUUAUUCAAAAAAGAUCAGGUGACAAAGUGAGCAGGUCUGUCUCCUAUCUACCUAUAUCCAAUCAAUAUGGGCAAAUGGAGUACGUCGUAGCAAUCCACAAUCCGACAUCAUCCAGCCAUGGCCAGCAGCAUCUCAGCCAGCAACAUCCGCAACUUACUGAAACUUCCUCCUUGCCUAUGUCAGCAGAUGGCAAGGGUGUGAGACCGCGCAAGGAAUCUGUCGUCAGAUUACCGUCAAUGAGUAUUGAAGCUCCCAUCACCAAGGUCAUAAACAUGAUUACCAACCUGCAAGAAACGUGUGAUGAUGAAGUUUCUGAUUCCUUGGAUCAAGUACUCGAUGUUUUAAGAUCCAGUGAAUUGUACGCCCCAUACUUCAACGAACAGGUCAAAGGUGACAAGUUCACCAUUGAACUUGUCGGGGGUCUAAUGACUAAAGACAAAGAUGCAUGGAAUACUAGAAGGAUAUCUCUUUCAAAGCGGCCAUCUUGUUCGCUGGAUCAGUCAUUACCAUCUAGGGCCUCUCUGCAUUCGAACUUGCACAACCACACGAACGCACAGCCUGACAUCGAAAGCUUGCUGGACGAGGAGGAGAAAUGGGAAUUUGAUAUCAUCAAACUUGAGAAGCUUACUUUAUUCAAACCUCUAUUCCACCUCGGCAUGCGGACCAUGCAGCGAUACGAAGUAACGGAGUUCCUUCAAAUCGACGAUACGACACUCUCCAACUGGCUACAACUCAUGGAGGCCAACUACCACCAGAACAACCCCUACCACAACUCCACCCACGCCGCUGACGUCAUGCACGCCACGUCAUACUUCCUGUCAUGUGAUCAAGUCAAGACUAUCUUCGACCACAUAGAUGAGGUGGCCUGCCUGAUCGCAGCUGCCAUUCACGAUCUAGACCACCCUGGCAAGACGAACUCAUACCUCGUGAAUUCCAAUGCAGAGCUCGCCUUCCUCUAUAAUGAUCUGUUAGUUUGGGAUAAUUUCAAGCAGUUGAGGCAGCAAGUCAUUGACAUGGUACUCGCCACUGAGAUGACCAAACACUUCGAACACCUCAACAGAUUUGUUAGCGUCAUCAAUCAAACUUCACUUCACGAUUGCAAAGACGCUGCGUUAUCAACAGUGGAGAACAGGGUGCUUGUGAAGAGGAUGCUGAUCAAAUGCGCUGAUGUAUCCAACCCAGCACGACCUCUCAACCUCUGCAAGGAGUGGGCGGUCAGGAUCGCCAAGGAGUAUUGCGAACAGACGGACGAGGAGAAGAACCGCGGUCUGCCUGUCGUUAUGCCUGUGUUCGACAGCAAGUCGUGCAACGUGCCCAAGUCCCAGACAAGCUUCAUAGACCUCUUCAUCAACGAUAUGUAUGAAACCUGGACCAAUUUCUGCAGUUUACCAGAAAUGCGCAAAUGCAUCAAAGAGAAUUAUCGGUACUGGAAGGAACUGGAGAGGAUAAAUUUGACGGAUGUUCAGGAGAAACAAUACAAACAAGAUCAACAACAACCACCACAUCAACCACAGCAGCCACAACAGCCACAACAGCCACAACAAAAAGAACAACAUUUACAACAGAAAGCUGUGCAACAAGAUAAACAUUCAUAUCAAGAUAGAGAAAAAUCGCAGCAGAACAUGCAUCAACCACAACAACCACAUCAUCAGCAGCAGCAACAACCUCAGCCCCAACGGCAGCCGCAAUCGCCGCUGCAGCAACUUCCAGAUCACGACAAACAUCAACGAAAUCAAGAGCAUCAUCCACAACAACAACACAAGCAAACAGAUCAACAAAGACACACGGACCAACAACCACAACAACAACCACAACCACAACAACAACAACAACAUCAACAACAUCAACAACAACAACAACAACAAACGAACAGCUAG